AUGGACAGUUUCCAUGCCGGCCCAAAUGCUCCGCCUCCUCUUCCAAAGAAGAACACUAGAUUCAUUUCACCAGACGAUUUGAUUGUUGUAGGAAAUCUCCCUUCUGACCCACAACGAUAUCGAGGUCGAGCACAAACUUCUCCGCCGCCUUUACCCAAGCGACAUUUUUCGAGUUAUUGCCCUAACGUCCCCACCAAAACUAGCAUCUACAAAAUGGAUGAAAAGAUGGAGACACAACGAUCGAACGUAGUGAGAGAAUUGAUUGAGAAUGAGAAACUUUUCAAUAAGCAAAUGGUCACCGUCUCAGACAUCAUGACUAAAAACAGGGUCCCUAUACCUAUUUCUCCUGCGGAUCUUGCAGCAGUGAAAUUGAAUUUGGACGACUACAUUCAGACCUCCGCCCAAAUGGUCAGCGCUUACACAAAUGCCGUUGCAGAAGCUCCCAACGGCCAACUUGCAUAUGCCUGCGUUUGCAAGCAUCUAGUACCAAUCCUCCCUGCUUUUCGUGACGCCAUGGUGGCCUACAUUAAGGAUUUUGACCCACAAAUUCUGCAACACAGACCGCAUUUAGUGCAAUACUUCGAAAAGGCGGGGGAACUCCUUCAAAGUUUGGAGGGCGAAUUUACACUUCUUUCCGAUCGUCUACUUAAACCUUUUCAACGUCCCUUCCACAUUACCUGCAUUCUACAUCGUCUGGAUAAGUAUACUCCGGAUUUCCAUGCCGACUCUGCCUACGUGAAGCAGGCCAAUAUUGCUAUUCAGAGGGCCUGCGAUGAUGCAGAAGCGACCAAACACUGGGAUGCCGAAUGUGAGUGUGUCGACUGCUUUGUACACGCAUACUGCCUUUGUUCAUGUAACUUGAGGAAUCCUUUACGUGUUGGAUGUGAUGGUAGUGCUCGUGUCAGUUAUAAUGCAUGUGGUGGACAUUUAACAAAUCCUCUACCUGUCGCUUUUUGUUUGGCUUUAAUGCAACAGGAGAAUUCUCGCAUGACAAACUAUCGCAAGAAACGAACAAAGCUUUAUAACCUAAUUGACGAUCUCUCCAAAUGGAUCAAGUUGAAUAGUGAGGACCUCAAAUCAUUCAUAGAGACUCGACGCCUCCUCAUCAAGGCUGCCCACAUGUUACUUCAAUCCUUGGACAGCACUUUAGGUAAAUUCUCACUGCUGGACUUUCAUGCGUCCUCCGUACAACACCGGGUCAGUGAUUCCAACCCUGUUAUGUUUGAUAGAGCCACUAAGGAGGUGCUGGAUCGUCUGAAGUUACUAAGCGUACCCUUGAGAAAGAUGAAACCUUCCUUGAAAAAGCUAAAGUCCCGAGGCAAUGACAUUGCCAGAACGCGGAGAAAUAAAACCGUUAGUCAAGCGAUGAUUAACGCCUAUCGACUGGACGAAGAAAGGGCCAUGGCUCUCUCCGAGAAGAUUUUAGGCAAAACUGAAAAAGCCGUUAAAGCCCUCUUCCUUCACUACCUCGCACAUGUGCAAAGGGUAUUCUACUUCGUUGCCAUCAAAGAGAAUGGCUUGGUUGAAAGAUAUAGUAGCGCUCCGGUUCGACUUCUUGAAGCCGAUGUGAGUAAGCAGGUUGAGAUCGUUUUGACGAUAUGGGAGAGGCAGAUCAACAUGAUGCAAAGCCCAUAUUCUCAACCCAUCCUUCAGACGGCCCCAUGCAGAGCGCGGAUUGUCCAUCUUUAUUCAGACAGCCAAACACCUUCCAACCUACAAGUCAACGAUAUUGUGUACGUGUUUCAAUGGACCGACACUAUGGGAAAUUCGGAGUGGGCAGGGGUGCGUGACGCAACAGGACGACAGUUCUUCUACCCCUCGGCUUGGUUACAGCGUCUUAUCUGA